AUGGCUGAGUCAAAGCGCGUCAAGAAGGAGGAGCCGGAUCCUACUGAGUUCAUAAACUCCGUCAAUGAAGAAGCUGAGGAAAAAAAAGCCGUCGAGGAAGCAAAAGCGCGGGCCACAGAUGUCGUUCCUCCGACUCCGGCAACAAACUCAAAGAAACCAGAGUCAGCCGCAGCAAGCUCCACGCCGAGCGAUGGUCCAGACACUGUACCUUCUGUCGAGCGAGAUAUGGCCGAUACAACAGAUAUCGGUGACGACGCGGAGCCGAUUCCAUUGCAAGCAGACUCAGGGAGCGGAGAGAUCUUUCCUGGCGUCCCAUGCACGACAGUCGCAAGACGCUGCAAGAAGGGCGAUGAUGACCCAGCUCCCCUUUUUCUCAAUCGGUACGGCCCACGGGCGAAAGGGUGGUUCGUGUGGAGCACGACGCCUGCUCUUGCUGACGGCCAGAAGAUCGAAGAUCUUCAGAAUGUCAGCGAAAGAUUCCACCGCGUGUUGGAUUUUCCUCGUGAACAAGGGAAACCUCGUUACCGAGCAUCGAACGUGUAUGGGAUUCUGAACAUUGUCUGGGAUUGUGAGGGUCUCCAAGGUAGUCCGAUGGAAGCAGCAGAGCUGCUCAACCCCGGAAAAGUAAAAAGGGCCGAGGAACUGAAAACGCCCAAGGCGCGACGGGAUUGGUUGCAGAAGGACGACCAUUUCCUGGACAAAUAUCCAACCACGCACAUGGAUGUCAAAUUCCACCAGAAGAUCAAUGGCUUCACAAACAACCCCGUGGCUAAAACCAAGGAAGAUCUCUUCACCAGCUGGGAAGUAGCAUCACAGUAUAAGGCCUUGUAUCGCAAGGAACAAAUCAAAUCCGAGUGGCGCGUCUACGAAGCAGCUCAGCAGCAGGCGAAACGUUUCACCGAUUGGUAUGCAAAAAACUUACCAGAGCAGUUUUCUGACUAUCGUCGUUCUCUGAGCCGGGACCCAACGGUGCAGCCUUUCAAGAGAUCAGAGGAAAGCGCGAGUCCUGCGUAUGGGGAUGAAUUCUCCACCGGCGAAAAGCAAAAGUCUACACCAUCUGAGCCGAAAGCCGUGCCUCCGCCCAUUGAGAGCAAGGCGAACGAAAGCCCCGGGCUGAAUCAAGAUCAGAAGCAGAUAAAGGAUCAAUCUGGGUCAGAUGUCGAUGAUGAUAAGCUGACAAUGGAAGAGCUGCGAGAUGCGGCUCUGCAGGGUUGGUGCGCGGCGAACCAGAUCCCACAACCCAACAGCAUGAGUCGCAAGGACCAGCUCAAGUUCAAGAUUUAUUUCGACGUCUACUCCAAGAAUUUGGGAUAUUAG